AUGAGUGCAGAGAUUGAUUCAACUUCUGCUCCUGAACCUCACAAAUUGUCUGGAGCUUCAUCUGCAGCCACUACUAGUGGCCAAAAGCUCUCUAUAUUUGCUGCCAAGUCAGGAUUUGUCAUCCCUAAAAAUAAAUUAUCGGGGUCACUGGUCCCUAUUUUCCGAGGGGCUAAGAAACACGGUGUCACUGGAUCCAUCAAUGAAGAAAGUUCGAAACAAAUUGAGAGGAGAUCCAAAUGGGGACCUGAUCUGACACAAGAUGCAACUGUCAGGAGGGGAAAGGCUUUAGCUUUGCAGAUUCGAGUGGAUCAAAUUACAAAGCAGUUGGAAUCAGAAAAACUGGAAGUUGGGGACACUCAGAACUUUCCAUUGGGAGCUGAGAAUUCAGAUCAAAACAAAUCUGGCUCUCAAAUUAACAGCAAGAAGUCAGAAAUGCUUGAACUUGAAAAGCGGGAAGCAAUAGGUGAAAUACUAAAAUUAGAUCCCAGUUACAAGCCUCCACGUGGUUUCAAACCAUUGUUAAAAGAAGCCAGCAUUCCUUUGCCUGUCCAAGAAUAUCCUGGGUACAAUUUUGUUGGUCUGAUAUAUGGGCCUGAAGGUGAUAAUCAAAAACAACUAGAAAAGGAAACUGCUGCCAAGAUAAGAAUUCACGGAACCAAGGCAGACACAGGAGAGAGAGGUGAAAUUAAACCUGGAACUGAUAUCCAGUGCAGCUACAAAGAGAUGUAUGUUAACAUAUCAGCUGAUAGUUAUGAAAAAGUGGAUGCAGCAAUGUCAAUCAUUGAACUGCUAAUUACCUCUGUAACUGGGAAUUUAGCCGCUGGUUCUACACCCUCUAUAUCAGUUUCUAGGGACAGCCCUAAUCUUCUGUGUCAAAGCCAAGAAGGUCACCCUUCUCAUGCAGAUUCUGUAUCUCUGGAAAAUCAGGCUGUGUUGCAACCAGUAGCUAUUACCCAAAUGCAUGGAGAUAACUUUCAAUACUCUACACCAUGGUUUUCAGUGGUUCCAUCUAACACCCCUGUGUUUGCUUCAUCUGGCUCUGUGGCCCCCCCAAAUCCAUUAGGUCUUGCCAGAACUCCCCAAUUUCCAUCGCAAACUUCAAACACGGUUCCUUCUUUUGGUGCUCAACCUGGAAUUGCUAUCGGAUUUCAACCAAUUAUUCCAAAUCAUCAUGUUUCUGUGCAAGCACUACCACCAAGACAGAUUUUACACUAUCCACAUUUAACGCAGGCAAGUCCUUUGGGUCACGGUGGUCCCCCAAGAAAUGCAUCUAUAAUAUCUGUACAGAAUCUGCCAACUCCAACAAAUGCUUCACUUUCCUUUCCUGUUACUUUAAGCCAACCAACGCCAGUAGGACAACUGCAGAAUUCAGUGUCUUCGUUGCAUCUACCUAUAUCUGGUGUAUCACCGUUGCCAAUACCUAACCAGCCCAUCACCCAUCAUGGGGUCCCUUCUGGCCAGAAUGAAGCCCUUGUCACUGUUAAAACAUCUAUUGGUCCAAGCAAUAUGGGGUCAAUGGCUCCACCUGGAAGACCUGCGUCUCUACAUCAACAACCGGAUGUUGCAUUGAGGCCACUACAGUCAAAUAUGUCAAUGAUGCCACGGUCUGCCUCCUUUCCUCCAUAUCAAGUAGGAAUAUCCCUUGGACCACUAUCUUCUUUAAGACCAAUGUCUGUACCAAUCCCUGCACCUACACCUUCAUCUGUAAACCAUUUAUCGGGACCUGUUUCAUUUCCUUCAUCUGGAAUAUCCCCUUCACUUCCAUUGCCUCAGCAAGCAGGAAUACCUAAUUCUGCUUCUAGAGUUUCCCCUUAUCACACUCAUGUAAAACCAUCCGUCAUGGUGCCAUCAAAAUCUGGAAAUUUUACUUUUCAAUCGCAUCCCCCCAAUGCAGAUUACAGUCAAGUAGUUUCUGGACCAAACAGUCAAGCAGGUGCUACACAAGAGCCACCUUCUGGUCCUCGGCCUCCACCAUUUGGGUUUACUGCGCCAGAUCAGGCUCCUCAAAUCUUUCCAAGGACACAAUUCCCCGCUCAAGUGGAUCAAACCAUUCUUUUCGGGGGAAGAUCAGGUUCCAUCUCGAACUCAAUUCCAGCACCCAGACAUACUACAUUUCCAUAUGGUGGUCAACCUGCACCUAGAUCUCCAGUCCCACAAAUGGGUAUGAAGAAUUUAAUUUCUGCUCCGCAAAGGCCAAACUUGACCAGUGCUGUUGCCCAAAGAGGCAUGCCUAUUCGACAAAGCUAUCCUGUUCAUAUGGCACGACCAGAUAUCCCAAUUCCCUUAAAUCACAAGUUUGUCAACAAUCCCUUCGUGGCUUCUGGUAAGCCACCAUAUUCUGCGGACCAAAUUUAUGACCCUUUUUCACCCACUUCUGCACCUCCACUACAGAAAGGUAAUCCUGGAAAAUGA